AAAUUGAGAGUUAGAUAGAAUUGAUUUCAGUUUGCCAUUGUUCUGUCUCAGCUUCACACUUAUCCUGCAUACAAACAGCGUAAAAGAAUCAUCGCCUUUGCUUGAAACUAAACCAAAUAGUUCUCCACGCAACCUCUGGUCGUCGAAAACAUGGUGCAGGUACCCCGUGUAAAAUUUAACAACGGCCGGGAAAUUCCAAUUUUUGGUCUAGGAACUUGGAAGUCAAAACCAGGAGAGGUCCGUCAAGCCGUUCAAGAUGCCAUCGACAUUGGUUAUCGCCACAUUGACUGUGCCCAUGUCUAUGGCAACGAGAAAGAAGUCGGUGAAGCCCUGAAGGCUAAAAUUGAAGAAGGAGUGGUGAAACGUGAAGAUCUUUUCAUCACAAGCAAGUUAUGGAAUACUUUCCAUCGACCUGACUUGGUUGAAGGGGCUCUAAAGACAACGCUUGCAAAUCUAGGGUUAAAAUAUCUAGAUUUGUAUCUAAUCCAUUGGCCCCUUGGCUAUAAGGAAGAGGGCGAACUUUUCCCAACCGACGCCAACGGCAAAAUACAAUUCAGUGACGUCGAUUAUGUAAGCACAUGGAAAGCCAUGGAAGAAGUCGCCAAAAAAGGCCUAACAAAAUCCAUUGGCUUGUCGAAUUUCAACAAACGCCAAAUCGAAAAAAUCUUAGCAAUUGCAACUAUUGAACCGGCGACGAAUCAAGUCGAGUGUCAUCCCUAUCUCAAUCAAAGUAGAUUGAUUGAGUUUUGUAGAUCCAAGGGGAUCACUGUAACGGGUUAUAGCCCACUGGGCUCGCCUGACAGACCAUGGGCAAAGCCCGACGACCCCCAACUGAUGGACGACCCGAAACUGAAAGAUCUCGCCGACAAGUACAAGAAAAGCCCAGCGCAAAUUUUGUUGCGUUAUCAAGUACAAAGGGGCGUCAUCACCAUUCCUAAAUCAGUCACUAAGUCCAGAAUUCAACAAAACUUUAACAUUUUCGAUUUUAAAUUGUCGGCGGAUGAUAUGGCGUAUCUUGAUACGUUUGACUGCAAUGGAAGAUUCUGUCCAAUGACGGGAGGUCUAGGACAUCCCCACCAUCCAUUUGAACAUGAUGAGUACUAAACUGUUUACAUUCCAAGUGAAAACCAUUUAAUGAGUUGUUGAAACACAAUGUAUUCGUUUUAAUAUUGUAAGAUUAUCGUACUUUAUUAAAUAACAGUAUCAUGUUUA